AUGGCACAUGGUCCUUCAGUACCUCAGAGGAUAAAAAAACGUGGUGUAAGUCACUGCAAGUUUUAGAUGGCUGAGUUAAACACUGAUAUUUGCCAAAGCCCAGGGAAUUAUAAAUAUGUGUAGAAAUGGACGGAUAAGAGAAGGAGCGCUUAAAUCCAAGAGAAUAACGGAAGAUGGCCUGGAUGAGAUCAUCAAGGACUAUGAAGAGUGGUCAAGAAGGGAAGACGCAAGCAUUGCUAUGAUGCAGGGAGAAAUCAUCAUCCACAAAUAUGCGAGAGUUCCAUGUGGUGCAGCAGGGAAUUUUCGAUAUGGACUUUGA